CCUCGCCCCGCCAAGCAUGGACUCCCUUCUGUAUCUCCAGGGCAAUGACGACGAUGACGACGAUGACGAGGAGGAGGGCGAGGAGGAGAUUGAGGCCGGCGUGGACGCAGCCGCGGCUGCGGGCUCGGGCGGAGCUGGGAGCAGCGCGCUCGACUUUGAGGCGGUGAAGCGCGCCGGCUACACCGGGUCGAACACGGCGCUGAGCGACACGGCGACGUCGAAGCGGCUCGACGAGGAGGCCAAGGAGCGGCGCGCCGCCAAGGAGGCGGCGGCAGCAGCCGAUGCCGAGGCGGAGGAGGCACGUGCGGCUGCACUCGCGCAGGAGGAGCGGACACUCCUCGACCGCAAGCUGAUUGACGAAAAGUACCCCAAGCAGAACCGCUUCAGCAAGACGGGCGAGGACUUUCGGAAGAAGGAGGCGCGCAAGCGCAAGAUGGGCCAGCAAAACUCGGGCGGCGACUGGGUGCAAGAGGAGAAGAGACGGAUUCGGCACGCGGGGAUGAACUGCGACAGUUGACGAGCCUGCUCUGGCAGUCGGGAGUGUGGAAGUGUGUCUGGGCGUCUGGGGGUGGAUGGGCGAACAUGGGGUCGUGGAGCGGUCACGUGUGGGAGUGCGUGAAUGGCACGACCACUCUGGGGGAGGCGCACGUGUGGUGUAGAUUACCCGUUGGCAUGUUUGUUCUGCAUUGCGCGCUCUCUCUCUCUUUGAAUAGAGCCGUAGAGAGUGCAACGGCGAUUUUGACUUUUGUG